GACUUUCCUGGUUAAAUAAGGGUAAACUAAAUAGAUUUUAAAAAUAUAUGAUAAACAUAAAAUGGUACAUAAUGAUUUUCAAGGAAUGCAGAAAAGUAAAGGAUAAAACGGGAAUAAAAGAAUGUUGAACAGCAGCUCGGCACACGCCUUUUCGCUGUGGUCUUUAACCGGGCAUUCCGGUUCAGCCUGAAGUUUAGUCAUAGCGUGCAUUCUUCCCCGCCUCCUUUUGCUCGAGAGGUUUCACUGAAACUGGCUCCGCAGUCACUCCUCUGCUUUCUGAGCUUCAGCACGCGUCGAAAUGUCACGAUCCAGCAUCGCGGGCGGCCAAGGCCGAGACCGGGAACGGGAACGGGACCGGGACCGCCGUGGCACUCUGGGUAAAACAGGGAAGUCGGCUACUUUGAACGGUGGCGGUGGUGGCGGUGGCGCUCGAGCCCCUCCGCCGCCGCCGCCGCCGCCGCUCCCACACCCGGAACCGUGCUGUGCGAUAUCUGCACGGGGACCAAGCGGCGGGCCACCAAGUCCUGCCUGGCCUGCCUGGCCUCGUACUGCGAGGGGCACCUGCAGCCGCACUACGAGUACCCGGCCCUGAUGAAGCACAAGCUGGUGGGCCCUGCCGGGCAGAUCCAGGAGAAGAUCUGCUCCAACCACGACAAGCUGCUGGAGGUGUACUGCCGCACGGACCAGCAGUGCGUCUGCGUGCUCUGCAUGAUGGAGGAGCACAAGAACCACGAGAUCGUCUCUGCCGCCACGGAAAGGACCGAGAGACAGAAGCAGCUUGGGGCCACAUUACUGAAGUCACAGCAGAGAAUCCAGGGGAGGGUGAAGAAGUGGCAGGAUCUGAAGCAAGCAGUGGCAGCCGUCAAGAACUCUGCGCAGACGGCCAUCGAGGAGAACGAGCGGAUUUUCACAGAGCUGGUGCGGUCCGUCCAGCGGUGGCACGCGGAGGUGAAGCAGCAGGUCCUGGCCCAGGAGCGGGCGGUGGUGACCCGGGCCACGGCGCUCCUGCACCAGCUGGAGCAGGAGGUGUCCGAGCUGAGGAGGAGGCACGUGGAGCUGGAGCAGCUCUCGCACUCCGACGACCACAUCCACUUCCUGCAGAGCUGGCAGAUGCUCUCCUCCCCCUCUGGGUACGAGGACAUCUCCAGCAUCAAUGUGGACCCACACUCGUCCUUCGGUCCGACGAAGAAAGCCAUCUCUGAACUGAAAGAACGGCUGGAGGAGACAUGCAAAGGAGAGCUGGCCAAUAUCUCAGCCACAGUGAAAGAGGUCAAUGUGUUGCAGGCUGACGAGCCCCGGACCAGAGAGGACUUCUUACAGCAUUCCUGCGAGCUGAGACUGGACCCCAACACGGUGCAUCGCAGCUUGCGGCUGCUGGAGGGCAACACGGCGCUGGAGAUGGUGAGCGAGCCGCUGCCGUACCCGGACCACCCGGGCCGCUUCGCCAACUGGCAGCAGGCGCUGUGCCGGGAGGGGCUGUCGGGCCGGCGCUGGUACUGGGAGGUGGACUGGAAGGGCACCGAGGUCGACAUCGCCGUGUCCUACAAGGGGAUCAGCCGGAAGUCCAGCGGCAACGAGUGCAACUUCGGCUGGAACGACAAGUCGUGGAGCCUCUACUGCUCCGAGGCCAAGUGCGCCUUCGUGCACAACAACGCCAGCACCACCGUGCCCUUCCCCGGCUCCUCGCGCAUCGGCGUCUUCCUGGACUUCCGGGCCGGAAACCUGGCCUUCUACAGCGUGACCGACACCAUGACCCUGAUCCACAAGGUCCAGACCACGUUCACGGAGGCCCUCUACCCGGGAUUCGGGGUGUGGGGUUUCGGGUCCACCGUAAAAAUAUUUUAGCCGCGGGGAAACGAAAAGGCAAAACGGGGGGUAUUCCAGUACAGGUGGGGCCCUUAAAAAGGUAGUGUGGUAGAGGGGCAGUAGUGUGGUAGUGGAUAGUGGGGCAGUAGUGUGGGAGGGGAGGGGGUCUGUUGUGUGGUAGUGGGUAGUGGGGCAGUAGUGUGGUAGUGGCUAGUGGGGCAGUAGUGUGGUAGUGGAUAGUGGGGCAGUAGUGUGGGCGGGGAGGGGGGAAUUGCCCUGACUUAGGAAAAUUAGAUUCGUUUUCAUUUAACCUAACAGGCUACCAGAGAGAUUUGUUAGUUUUUGCUGGGGAAUAAAUUAAUAUAAUUAGCUCAUAAAUGCAAUUUGUUGUUUGAAUCAUGUGCAGCUGUUACUGUAACACGCUCCUCAGUAUCAAGUUUAACGUCUAUCACUCUUUUAUCAUAACUAAAUUAAGCUUAGUUUGAGAAUUGGCCAAUCUACUGACUGUGUCACUGUUUGAUGAAGCUUUGUUUUGCUUUUGCUAUAAAUGACUUUUUAUACUAUUAUAAAAUUACAAAACAAAAAUGACAAAAUAACAAAAGUACAAAAAAAAAGUUCUGUAAGCAGUUUUGGAUAAGAGCGUCUGCUAAAUGUCUGUAAUUACAACACUUACUAUUUACACUGAAUUAGCUGGAUUGUUCUUGAUCAAAUAUGUGUACAUAAAAGGAUAUGUGAUCAUUUUAAAA